UUACUCCUCUCCUUUGCAAUUCCCCAGUCCUUCAUCCCUUUCAUCUCUUCAGGCAAGAGAUCAUCUUUCAUCGCAUCUUCCAGCUCUUACUUCCAUCCUACUUUACCUUUCUCUUUGUGAGCAGUCAUACAUAAUAUCAGAAGUCUGAUAACCAAGACGCGACAAUGGCAAUCUACUCCUCAGUCCCACCACCUGCCCAAGCUCCUGCAGCUGCCCCCGCGCAGCCGGGAAUCGAUAUCGAAUCCUGGACCAUCUCGGCUCUGGAAUCUCUCUCCGUUUCUCCAUCUGCGAGAGGAACAGGCGUUACUCUAUCCAUCCCCCUCGAUGCCGCCGCGAAACGCGACCUCCAAGAUGCGUCGGAAAAGGAUACGCGUGACAAGGUCCACACUGUGUACAAACGCAAAGAGCCGCUGAGAAGGGACAGCCAAAAGCGGAGAGAAGCUCUCUUGAAGGGCAAAGAAGGCAGCAGGAGACGACAACGCUGGGAGAAUGAUCAACUCCUCCACGUCCCCAACGCCCAACCACCCCUCCCCUCCGACUGGGCUCCUCACCCUACGUACCCCGUCCACAACGUCCCAUACUACCUGGCGCCGCUCUGGGACGCGGGAAUCCGCCACCGCGCCGAGGAAAUCGCUGCGCAGAAGAAACUCGCCGCAGCGCAACGAGCGGGCUUCAGCGAGAGCUCUCCCAGCAAAGGACGCGUGCCUCAAGACUUGCGCCAGAAACUGAAGAAGAGCAAGGGUGCUAAGACUUUACUCCAGGACCUUGAAAUGGAGGUUAGGAAAUUCGUCAAGGAGUACGAGGCGCGGGAAUAUAAGCUUUUGAAUAAGAACAAGGAUCAGGACUCAGAGGUUGAUUCUGAGGAUGAGGAGAUUGUGUUUAUUGGGAGGGAUGCGAAUGGGAACGGGAUCACGAUGUCGGAUGAGGUGAAGGAUGUCAUGGAGGAGGAGUUGGAGAGGGAGAAGAAGGUUUAUGAGGGCUUGGUGGGCACGCCUGAGGGCAGUUUUGCAAGGUGGUUGGUUCAUUGCGUGGCGGGGUAUUAUGGGUUGAGUAGUCGGAGUGUGACUGUUGGAGUCAGAAGAGAAGCCUAUGUGGGGAUCAGGGAGAUGAGGAGUGGUGUGGAAGGUGUGGAGGGAAGGGAGAUGCCGAGACCGCUUUGGGGGUUGAUUUGAGUGUUCUUCUCCUUAGUACGAGAGGUUUGGCUAUCAGUGCCUGAAUGAUUUGCUUUUAUUUGAGAUGUUUUUUGUUUGAGUAUGUUGCUUGAAUUCAGAUUUGUUGUAAGAUUAUACAUACAUUUAUAGAUUAUAGAUCUAGAAGUCUGUUGGGUCUAAUAUAUAUUCACACUUGCAUUCAAC